AUGAGAUCCCCAAGAUCCCCAACCCCCAAAAGUACUACUAUAAUCUGGAAUGAAGCAGAGCUAAGAUCAUUCAUCAAUCUCAUGGUUGAUAAUGUCCGAAACGGAUUGAAGACAAACUCAACAUUCACAAAGGUUGGUUGGGACAACAUUACAAAAGGGCUUGAAGCCGAAUUCAAAAGGCCCUUUGCGAAAGUACAACUACGUAACAAGAUGAAUAAGUUACGCAAGGAGUACAACAGCUUCAGGGCUUUGUUAGAAACAACUGGUUUUGGAUGGGAUGCGAAUGCUCGGACUGCCACAGCUGAUGAUUCAGUAUGGGAAUCUGCUAUCCAAGGAAACAAGGAUUGGGCAAAGUAUAGAAGAAAUGGUCUCCCCAUGUGGCCAGAGUUGUUAGAGAUCUUCUCCGACUCUAGUGCCCAUGGGGAUAGAGGUCUGUCACAGGAAACAGUUGUAACUCCAACGUCAACUAACCUUGAAAUUGAUGAUGAUUUACAUGACACUGAUAAUUAUGACAGUGAUGCUUGUACUGGGACACCCAAGGGGUCAGCUCCUCCGAAGCGGCGACUUGAUAGGACUCCUACGGAUCGUAGGAGGAAGAGCCACACACGGACACUGACGAACUCCGCUGAGGACUUUAGAACCUUCGUCCGAUGGAGGAUGGAAAAGGGAUCAACCUCUGCCACCUCAGCAGUUACCUGA